UUGAAGCUUCAGACUGAGGGCUUCGACUGGAUAGAAAGAGUAGCCUUCUGGGAAGCAGAGAUGGAGGUGAUCCCUCUGAAGAGGAAAGGCAAACCUUUCGUCAUUCGAAUCAGGAUGGCUAAAGGUGACCCCAAGAAACCAAAGGGCAAGAUGUCUGCUUAUGCCUUCUUUGUGCAGACCUGCAGAGAAGAACAUAAGAAGAAAAACCCGGAGGUCCCUGUCAAUUUCGCUGAAUUUUCUAAGAAGUGCUCCGAGAGGUGGAAGACAAUGUCUGGGAAGGAGAAGUCGAAAUUUGAUGAAAUGGCAAAGGCGGAUAAAGUACGCUAUGAUCGGGAAAUGAAGGAUUAUGGACCGGCCAAGGGAGGCAAGAAGAAAAAGGACCCUAAUGCCCCCAAAAGACCACCGUCUGGAUUCUUCCUGUUCUGUUCAGAAUUUCGCCCGAAGAUCAAAUCCACCAACCCUGGCAUCUCUAUCGGAGACGUGGCAAAGAAGCUGGGUGAGAUGUGGAACAACUUAAGUGACAGCGAGAAGCAGCCUUACAUCACCAAGGCUGCAAAGCUGAAGGAGAAGUAGGAGAAGGAUGUUGCCGACUAUAAGUCUAAAGGCAAGUUUGAUGGCGCAAAGGGUCCUGCCAAAGUUGCCCGGAAAAAGGUGGAAGAGGAAGAUGAAGAAGACGAGGAGGAGGAAGAGGAGGAGGAGGAGGAGGAGGAUGAAUAAAAACAAACUGUUGCUCUGUCUCCUUGUGAAUCCCUUAGUGUAGGGGAGCGCCGUAAUCGCACCUCAUUGGAGGCGUGUCUAUUGCCCUCAUUAGGUUUAAUUGCAGAAUUCGA